AUGCGUAUAAAGCAGGAUGUGCAGGACGUUAUUGAAUAUUGUAAGAAAACAAACCUAUUUGUUGUAGGUACAAAAUUAAGGAAAAGAAACCCAGUGAACGCCUUGUAUGCUGAUGUCAAGCCCGAGAAAACUAAUUCCUCUCAUCUCUAUCGGGACAGAAACACCUUUCUGUAUGAUAACUGUGAAACUUCAUCUGAUGAAAUAGUAAAAGGAAGAAGACCUAUAUACUUCUUUGCUAAAACCUACAAUCUAGCCUUUUGUAAAGCACCAAAGGCAGGUAGUACCUUUGUCGGAACGGUAGUCGCAGCGCUGGAGCUCAGUGGAGAACUAGGCAACUUGUUCCAUAUCAACCGGGAAAUUGUACAUGGCCUCAACGAAGUAACCUUUCCUACGAUCUCUAGAUUCAAUGAUGUAAAGACUGUUCUUGUAGCGAGAAAUCCAUAUAGCAGAUUAUUUUCUGCCUAUAUCGACAAAUAUUUUGUUCUUGGGGCCCGAUCAAAAAUGAUAGCUAUUAAGAAAGGUAAAGGUCGGUUAAAGAUGGGGGAUGGCUAUUGUGGAUACGAUAUUUCGUUCCAGGAGUUUUUAGACUAUUUCACUGACCGCUACAUUGCCGGUGAUGUAGUAGAGGAACACACAGUUCCUGUGUCCAGUCUGUGUUACCCCUGUAUUAUACACUACGAUGUUCUAUGUAAACAGGAAACUCUCACCUCCGACAUGGAACAUAUCCUGGAUGUAAUCAACAUCAGCACAUCCAAAAGAAAGGCAAUCAUGUCAAUGAUACACAGCAAAACCAUAAAUGACACAAUCUAUGCCUUUAUUUCGUCACAUAUGUUGUACUUUUACCUGUAUCCUGACGACUGUUUGAACGAAUGGCUAUUGAUGGAAAAACUAUGGAAGGUGUUACAGUUCCAAGGAUACAUCAGUUUGGCAUUGGCAUUCCCGGCUAAUGAUUUCCAGAAAAUGACAGAAUUCCAUGCUGAGAAUGUAACAGAUCUAAUAUUACAGAAAAUAAAUUCGUACCCGCUUUCGAAGUCACAAAGGUCAACACAAAGAGAACGAGUGCUAGCGCAUGCUUAUAGUUCGAUCAAGUCUUCCACGUUGAUCAGGGUACAGAGAAUGUUUGCUCAGGACUUCCACCUCUUUGGCUACGACACAGCCGUCCCUAAUGAUGGAAACGGACGGAUAGAGCAAGACACGCUCGAUAGGACAUCUGUCUAG